UGAAUAUUUUCUGACUUGUGUUAGUACUGUUACGUCCACCUGGCUCGUUUGGUGGGGUAACAUUAAUGGAGACCACACAAGGAUUUUCUCAGUUAAUGAAAAAUGAAAUUUAUUAAAUUAUAUUAAGUAAAACCUGAAAAGGGAUUACCUGAAAUAAGAAGCCAGAACAAAUUAAUACAAAACCCAUAACCAAUUAGAAAUAAACAAACGCAAAACAAACCUAACAAAACUCAAUCAUAAGGUACAAACCAAACCAACUGGGGUUCUGAGGAGGGAGAGGAGAAAAAGCCUCCUGACUGCUGCAGCAUGACAGCUUUUAACCUUCCUAUGGUGUUAGGGUCCCUACGGACCCGUUUUGAGAUUUAGCAUGCAUAAAAGUACUUCAUACAUUUGUUUUUUGCGUUGAAACUUUUUGACUUUGUCAGGGACUUCCAUUUAAACAAAGUAAAAUCAUUUUUUUGUUUUUUAAUAAAUUAUAAAGUGCUCUAGUGAAAAAAAUGACUUUUGUGGUGUUCGGGUCAUUUGUGACCCGGUUAAAAUUUUUGAUUAUUUUGAAUCAUUCCAAUCCAAACGUGGCAACAUCCGUUGGAGUACAGUUCCUCCUGAUGUGCAUGGAAGGACAGCAGCUGCAAACAUCAUCAAAAUGACCCCUGGGGUCAGGAGGUUUGCUGUGAGAAGAGUAAGUGACAUCAAGAUGUGGUUUGAUCUUUUUUUGCCAUUGUCACUAAAAAAACAGUCAAAAUUGCCAUGACAAACCUUGAGGGGAAAAAAGUCCAUGGCAACACAUGGAAAGACAUUGAUGAGACGUACCUGGAUGCCUACAUUGGUGUUCUCCUUGCUGGAGUUUACAGAUCCAGCAAUGAGGCAACUGAGAGUCUAUGAGAUGCAUCAACGGGCAGAAAUAUUUUCCGGGCAACAAUGUCUCUUCAGACCUUUCAGAUGAUCUCAAGAGUCCUCAGAUUUGGACAUUGUUGUCCCUGCUUUAUUUCAUAGAGUCGCACAAUUCGGAGAGGCAUAUCACCGGAUUAUACAGCUUGACAGAGAAUGCAGGCAUGAGGAAAAUCAAGAAGAGAGGGAACCAAGACGUUCGUCAAAUUAUUGGAUAUAUCUCGGGAUAUCAAUUGUAUUGUCUUUACUCUUUUGUGCUAUCAGACAUUUCCAACACUAGCAAAGCAUGUUUGCUGGGAAAAAGGAGAAAUAUCAACAUACGGCUGCAACAAUCAGCUCCAAACGGAUAUAAAGUUGAGACCAGAGCUUCCAGAAAGUAUCAGCUACUGGGACGACUGGAUCAAGAAGACGUUUCUCUGACCAUCCUCAACCUCACAGAAGAUACGGCUGCAGAGUGCAGAUAACAGGAAUAUUAAAUGAUCAAAAACAUCACUUUGAAGCUUAAAUUAUUUAGUCAGAUCAGCUGAUUUACUGGCUGCGUUUUGAAGAGAAGGACUGGCCGUCUUUACGUUACAUUUCCUCUCUAUUGUGUUCCUACUUUCGUUUUUUACUGCCUAACUUUUGGGUUAAUAAUAACUGUAAAAUAAUCUCUCAUUGUGUGGAACAGAAAACGAGUCCUUUUUCUGUUAGAUACAUUUUAAACAUGAACAAAGAGAAAUGUGAAACUGAGCAAAAUGUUAUGAGAAUAAAAGGAGACCUGUCGCUCUUGGCUGUAAUUUGUCCCAUUAUAAUGGACUGAGGAUCACUGAAUGGAUGGGAUGUGAUCCGGAGUACUGCACUGAAAAAACUGUGAUCAGGAUUAAUUAAUAUUUACUAAAUAAAUAAGAGCAAACUAUACAUAAUAAAAAAGACUUUGUGCAGUUUGGAAUCUCACUGAGCUGAAUUAACCAAAUUUGAUUACUUUUUUAAUUGCAUUUUACUCUGUAUUUUUUAAAAUAAAAUCAGCAGAAAAACAAUAAGUAGAAUUUAUUUAUUUUCAUUGGUAAAGUCAAAAGUGCAGAAAAUUGAUAAAUUUUACUCAUUUGGAGGCCUUAAUUUUUCCCGCCCAAGGCAUUUUCAUCACAGGAACAUCGAGCCUGCUCAUUUCAUGGACUACCGUUUGCUUAAAGGUUCUGGCCUAUGGGGUGGCAGUGCAAGAUCUGCAAGUCUUUGUCUGCAACAAAGGAUCCAGGAUGAGUUUCACAGAAUCACAAUGGUGCAUCUUGAAUCAAAGUUCAUGUCCAAACUGGAUGAAUAUACUCCUCGACUUUUGAACCUCUUCCACUCUAAGGGCGGAAGCAUGGGAUUGAGACUACAGGCUAUCCUACUCAAGACUCCAAACAAUCCUGACAUCAACAUGACCAGAGAUGUUAUCAUUCGAUGUUUGAUGCUGUACCUUGGGGAAUCUACAGAUCAACUCUUAAAAGAGUACGAUGAUGCUGAUGAAGACAGUGUGUCACAGGACCUUGCUGUUCAAAGCCUGAAGAUCUACAACAUCAAAGCUAACACGUCAGAGGAUCCAGACAUCAGUAUCGUGGUGGACGGCGUGAAAAUUCUAACUGCUCUGGGUAACUUUCCAAGGACUUGCUCCCUCCUUGUUGGGUUGGCGAAUGCUGUGAAUCUUGCCUAUCCAAAGGAGCUCAGAUACACGUUUGAAGUGUUUCAGAAACUCUCUCACAUCUUGUCAUGUUUUCCCCUGGUAAGUUUUAUGUGCAUACUUGUUUUGUGCUCUGCAUGCCUCUUAAACAUAAAGGGAACUCUUAUGUGAUUGAUAAAUUGUUGAAACAAGCUUAACUGAGUCCAAGUUGAUUGUUGUUGAUGUGAUGGUUCUAAAAAAUCAUGUUAACUAUACUUUGAGCAGAGUGGCACUAU